AUGGUAGUAGCCACCGUCAACCUCGGUGGCAGGCUUGCCCACAACCGUGCAGUCCGGACUAAACCGAAACAGAAGCAAUUCAACCGUCGGGACUUGCGGUUCGAAGCAGCACGGUGCGCGGUGACUAAUCGGUUCCUCCUUAACGUCGACACACGACCGGACGAGCGAACAACCACCGCCGCGGAAUUGGCGACCGACCUUACCAAUGCUCUCCUCGACGCAGCGCGGACGACCCUGGGGGAGGAACCGCGGAGACGCCGCACGCAGGAGUGGUGUGAGACCCCAGAGACGCGAGCAGCGCUGGAGCAGGCCCUUACCAAACGUCGGGAAGCGCGCCGGGCGAUGAGGGGCAACUGGAACUCAGCGACGUGGAGGGUUCUCAAAGCAGCGUGUAAGGGAGUGGCUACAGCAGUCGAAACGGGCAUUUAUGCCCACCUGGGCGGAUAUGUGACUGAGCUCCAAGAAAUCUGCAAAGAUCGCGACAUGCGAGGACUGUACCAACACCUCAAGAGAUCAGUGGGCCUCAGCGGGAGACAAGCGGGGGGACAGCAGUUCGUCGCGGAUGAGAACGGCGUGCUGCUCCGGAACAGGGACGACAUCCUCCAGCGGUGGGCGAGAUUCUUCAGCACCCUACUCAACACCAAAUCCCCCACCCUGAACCCAGACAUCAUCGAACGAGUGACGCAGCGGCCAGCGACACGUGACACUCAACGGUUGGGAGAUGUGCCAGAACUCGAGGAGGUGGCACGGGCAACGAAAGGCCUCAAGAACUGGAAGGCACCCGGCCAUGACUCCCUCCCUGCCGAGUUGCUCAAGAUCGAUGACGACGAACCCUUCGUCCUGGGACACCUCCAUACCAUCCUCGUCAAGGUGCUGUACAAGAAGGGUGACCGGUCCAACUGUAACAACUACAGGGGGAUUUCGCUACUAUCUCACGUAGGCAAGGUCCCCAUCAAGAUCAUCACUAACCGUCUAAGCGCCUUCUGCGAAGCCAACAACAUCCUCCCGGAGCAACAGUGCGGAUCCACCGUCGACAUGCUGUUCGUCGUGCGCCGCCUCCAGAAGCUAGGGCGGAGAAAGAAAAUACCGCUCUACAUGUGCUUCGUCGACUUGAACAAGGAGUAUGAUUCGGUGGACCGAGAGAUGCUAUGGAAGGUGCUGGCCAGGGCCGGGAUUCCCGCGAAGCUGAUCGAAGUCAUCCGUCAAUUCCACGAUGCAAUGCGGGCCCGGGUGCGCAUGGACGACGGAGAACUAUCGGACUGGUUCUUCGUGACACAGGGCGUGCGACAAGGAUAUGUGCUAUCCUCACUGCUGUUCAACAUCUUCUUCGCCGAGGUCCUCGAGGUCGUUGUCAUCCGAUUCAGC